CGUAAACACCCCCGCUGGUACAUGCUCUGAUGCAGCGAUGCCAUGGCCUCAACGACAUCCACGAUAGGCUUCGGCGACGCCUACUCCAGCCUACAAGCCAACACCAUCAACGGCUCUGUCGAGUUCCAUCUCCAGCAUGGGCACGAGAACACCCUCAGCCAACUGCCGCACGCGAAAGACGCGCCCUUCAACUCGUUUGCGAAGCAGCAUGAGCCUACCUGUCACCCCGACACGCGCGUCGAUCUCCUUCGCGAGAUAUACAGCUGGGUGGAUGGGCCAGAUGAGCGGCGCAUCUUCUGGCUAAGCGGUCUGGCGGGUACGGGCAAGUCGACGAUUGCGCGGACGGUCGCGCGCAGGUAUUUUGGCGAGCGACGUCUCGCAGCCAGCUUCUUCUUCUCGCGCGGCGGCGGCGACGUUGGGCACGCCGGCAAGUUCGUGACAAGCAUCGCAGUGCAGCUUGCCCACAGCGUGCCAGCAUCGCGACAGCACAUCAGCGACGCUGUUGCAGAGCGCAGCGACAUUGUCAGCCAGUCGCUGCGCGACCAGUGGCAGCACCUCGUCUACCACCCGCUGUCGAGGCUGCGCGAGUCAGAGCCAGAAACAUACGUCGUAGUUGUCGAUGCGCUCGACGAGUGCGACAGCGACAACAACAUCCGCAUCAUCGUGCAGCUGCUGGCUGAGGUGCGGUCGUUGUCGACAGGCGUCCGGCUGCGGGUGUUCAUGACGAGCAGACCAGAAGUGCCGAUCCACUACGGCUUUAGCCAGGUACCCCAUACGGAGCACCAGGACUUCGCGCUACAUCGCAUAUCGCCAUUGGUUAUCAACAACGACAUCCGCCUCUUUCUGGAGCAUCAAUUUCGGUCGAUUACACAGAAAUGUCGCCCUCGUACUGAUUGGCCUGGCGCAACAGUCAUUGCGCAGCUAGUGCAGAGUGCAAGCGGCCUGUUCAUCUGGGCAGCAACUGCCUGUCGGUUCAUUCAAGAAGGAGUAACAAGGAGAGUAAUCCACGAUCGACUGCAAACUAUUCUCCAGAGUAGUGGGACCAUGUCUGAACCGGAAGAGCACCUUAACAAAAUCUACAUCGCUGUCCUCACGUCUUCUGUCCCAACUACACUCACAAAGGAAGAAAAAGAAGAGUUUUGCCUUCGAGCGAGAUAUGUACUAGGAAGUUUAGUGGUUUUGCUCUCUCCUCUUUCUGCUCUGUCACUGGGUACACUGCUUCCUUUUGGAGACCUCGUUUCCGAGGACGACGUCGAAGACGUUCUACAAGGCCUACAUGCUAUCCUGGACAUACCAGAGAGCCCAGCCGAACCACUACGCCUACACCACCCCUCGUUUCGUGACUUCCUCCUCAACAAAAAUCGGUGCCGUGAUGCCAACUUCUGGGUAGAUGAGAUCAGCACACACGAGAAGCUGGCGUCUCGCUGCCUUGAACUCAUGUCCGCGCCCAACGGCCUUCGGCAAGACAUGUGUAGCCUCUCUGAUCCCGGCACUCUGAGAAGCGAGAUAGAAGAGGAGAUGGUGGUCAGCAGCCUGCCGCCUGAGCUGCAGUAUGCGUGCCGCUACUGGGUAGAGCAUCUCGAGCGCAGCCAGCAGAGCAUCGCAGACGGGGACGCUGUGCACGUCUUCCUUCAGACGCAUCUUCUGCACUGGCUCGAGGCAAUGAGUCUAAUGGGAGAGACAGGGCAGUGCGUGCGCCUGCUGGCAAGACUGCAGGCGAAGGCAACUUCAUUCACAGGUGUCUGUGCAGGCUACCUCCGCGAUGCGAACCGGUUUGUGUUGCGCUUUUGUUCAAUCCUAGCGGAGGCACCUCUGCAGGUGUAUUCGUCAGCAAUCGUCUUUGCACCAGAGACGAGCGUUAUCCGCAAUACGUUUGCUGGUCAGGGUCCACAAGCAGUGGAAUUGUUCUUGGGCAGAGAAGAAGACUGGGACGCGUGCCGCAGCGUGCUGGAGGGCCACACAAACACUGUCACUGCGGUGGUGUUCUCGCCAGACGGACAGCUGGUCGCCUCAGCAUCCUACGACAGGACAGUGCGAGUGUGGGAGACGGCGACAGGCACGUGUCGCAGCGUGCU